AGCAGUUUCUAACCAUUCCCUUCAGAUGGCAGCAGCAUACAGCGCAUAGUUGGUUUGUUAUUGCUCCACCAUGUGUCAAAUCAGAAACGUUUAGAAUUUUCUUAGUUUUUAUAACUGUUAAUUGACAGUGACUGAUACCUACAUAAAAUGGCAGAUCCAUUACAGAAUUGGAGUCCAUAUGCCAAAGAAUACGAUCCUUUGAAAGCUGGCAGUAUCGAUGGCACAGACACAGAACCACACGAUAAAGCUGUCAGCCGUGCAAUGCAAGCACAUUAUGAACCGCCUCAUGGGUUGAAAUCCAAACCUGAAAGAACAUUGUUUGUAGCUAGGUUUGGUCCAAAAAUUACCAAAUAUGACUUGAAAGAUUUUUUUUCUAGGUAUGGAGAUGUGUUAUCAACAAAAGUUAUAGUCGACAUAGUAACUGGCCUAUCUCAAGGUUAUGGAUUUGUAGAAAUGAGAAAUGAAGAUGAAGCCAGAAGAGCGAUUAGACGUUCUGUGGAUGCUACCUUGAAAGGCUAUAGAAUUUUUGUUGAUUACGAGUGUGGUCGUACUAUGAAGGGCUGGAAACCAAGAAGACUUGGAGGUGGUUUUGGGGGCAAGAAAGAAUCAGGUCAGCUGAGAUUCGGUGGAAGAGAUAGACCUUUUAAAAAACCAAUUGUACCAAAUAUUAUAAGGCAUCAUAAAUAACAUAGUGUGUUUAGUCAUUUUUAUUUUCAUUUCUUUCUGAACUAUUUAUUUUUUUGUACAUUAAAACAAUUAAAACGAUUUAUUUGUA